AUGGCAUCCACAACUUCAGCACCAUAUGAAAUUCUUCGAGCUCAAAAGACCGAUAACAAUUAUAAAUUACGUGUAGCAUAUCGUGCACGAAUUCAUGAAUACAAAGAAGAUCGACUUAAAAGCCCUGAAAAUCGUAAAAUUACAGCCGAACAAUUUCGACUUAUUUGUCGUGCUUAUGAAGCGGUAUCUGAUCAUGAUAAACGUAAAAAAUAUCAUAAUACAGAUGAAUGGAUAUCACAUAUACCUUUACCAGACUAUACAUUACAACAAUUAGCUGCUGAACCUGAGCUUGUGGAUGAAUUGAAACGUCGUUUGCAAAAAGCUACAUUAAAUACAAUAAAUACACAAGAUCCGUUAACAGGAUAUACACCACUCUAUUGUGCAGCACGUGCUUGCAAUAUAGAAGCUGUCUACUAUUUAAUAGAACAAGGAGCUGAAUCUGAUCUAUCACAGAGAACAGGAAGUACAGCUCUACAUGUCAGUACUUUUUAUGGACAUCCAGAAAUAGUUCGUUGUUUAUUAGAAAGUGGAGCCGAUUAUCGAAAAGAGAAUUCUGAUAAAAGCACAGCUGAAGCUGAAUCUUAUGAUGAUAAUGUCAAACAAAUGUUUGCUAAUUUGAAAACAACACUUUUUGUACAAGCAGCUGCAAAUCAACUUGCUUGGCUAAAGACAAAUUUUGAUAAUACCAAGUAUCAUAUUGACGAACAAUAUUAUGUACAAAGACAAACAUUACUUCAUUGUGCUUGUAAAAAAGGUUAUUUAGAUCUUGUUCAAUGGUUAAUCAAAGAACGUUCAGCCAGUCUAAAUAUUGUUGAUGUUAAUUUAAAUUCAGCUUUACAUCUUGCUGCUUAUGGUGGACAUAAUUCAGUUGUAGAAUAUCUUCUUAAUCAAGGUACUAAUCCACUUUUAGAAAAUAAAUGGUGUAUGACAGCUGAAGGAGAAGGUUCUCUUCAUGGAGAACAAAUUAAAAAUCUUUUUAAAUCGAUGCGCAAACGAGAUAUGUUUAAAAUGGCUGCUGAUGGUAUCCUUUGGUGGUUUGAAUAUUAUUUUGAUGAUAAAUCUCCGAAUACAGUUAAUGAUGAUGGUACAAGUGUACUUUAUGUUGCAUGUCGUCAUGGUCAAACAUCGAUUGCAAAAUGGCUUUUGGACAAGGGCGCUAAUGUUAAUAUAAAACUUUUAAAAAACCCAGAAAGUACACCUUUACAUGGUGCUGUUUAUCAUGGACAUAUUUCGACUGUUGACUUACUACUAUCAUAUGAAGCUAAUAUAAAUAUUAAAAAUAAGAAUGGUGCAAUUGCUUUUGAUGAAGCACGAACAAAUGAGAUGAUAAAACAUGUACAACAAUAUCGAAAUAAUUUAGAAGAUAAUAAAUUUUUCGAUGUACAUUUAUAUGGUGAUGGAAAAAAAUCUGGUAAUGAACCAUUAGCAAAAUUAAAAAUACAUUGUCAUGCUGAUUAUAAUGAACUUGUGAAUGCAAUUCCAGAUUCAAUGCGACCGAAAUAUCCAUGUUUUUCUAUAGCUCGACGUCCAUUAAUAUUUGAAGAUGAUAAGACCACAGUUCUAUCAGCUGUAUAUCGUGCUCGAUGUGGAGCAUCGAGAUUCUUUCAACUACCACUAUGUAUAACAGCACAUGAAAAAGCACGUUAUAUGAAUGCUGGUCAUUAUCUUCGAGAUGACCUUUCUCUUAGUGAUGCGAAAGAACUUGAUCAAACCUUUAAAGCGGAAUGUCCGAAAUUUACAAUGAAAAUUUUUCCAUCUACUACAAGUCAAACAUUUACUAUUAAAAAUUUAUCGUUUACUUUUCCGAGUAAUUGUGUUGAUAAAGAUGUAAUAAUUGAUGUUGAUUAUAAAAUGCCACCAGACAUAGAUACAGGUAAAUUACCUGGAUGUGUUUGUCUUUUUCAAACAAGAUAUGUUAGCAGAUAUAAAUUAAACGAUAUGCCAACAGUAUCACUUAUUAAUGAACCAAAUGCUCGAUUAUAUCAUUUAGCACCUUUAUCAUCUUAUUGGUUUUCUUACAGAACAGGACAUGCACGUUUAAUGUCGAUAGGUGAAACAAUACAUGCUUUUAUUCGUCAUGUUGAUAUUAUUCCUUCUCAAUUUACUCUUCCACCAGAUAUGUUUAUUCAGGCUGCUGUUGGACAAUUAUUUCAUAUUCGUGAUAAACCUGUUUCUUGUCUAUGUUUAAAGAUUUGUGAACACAAUAAAGGCAAGUUUCCUCAUAUUGCUUAUCAUGGAACAAAUAUAAAAGUCAUUGAAUCGAUUCUUAUGGAUGGACUCGUUAUGCCAAGUACAGUAGUUUCUAGUGGAUUCCGUGUUUGUCCACCAGAAAAUCAUAUUGCUCGAGGAGUAGAAGCUUUUGGUAUUAAAGAUUUUUCAAAUGGAAUAUUUGUAACACCAAGUAUUUACUAUUGUUCAGAUCCGGCAUAUGCAAUUACAUUUACAUAUAAAGACGAACGACUUAUAGCUGUUUUAGAAUGUACUGUAAAAAAAGAAUCAUUCUCGACUCAUCCAUCUACUGUAAAGACAUAUGUUGCUCAUAAAGGUGAUGAUAUCAAUGCAAUUGAAUGGCGUUUGGAAAAUACAGCACAUAUCGAAAUCAUAUCUGUACUUUUGAUUCCUGUGAUAAAAUCAAAAACUGAAGCAGUGAAAGCAAGAACCGAGAAACUCAAAGAUCAUCACGCUUGUCGGAUCUCAUAA